AUGGCUGCAACUGGCAAAACCGUUUCUCUAUAUACUACCUUACUGGCACAUAAAUUACAUCAUCCACCGCCAGAGGAGAUGACACUGGAGCUUCCGCAGCCAUCCAAAGAGUUUCUGGCACAGAAAGAUGGGUCCCGAGGAAUCUUUCUUAUUUAUGAUUACUACGGAUUCGUCAAAUCGGGGAGAAAAGUACACCUUAAGGAGAAGCAUGCGUUAGAUCUAGCAGCAGAACUGAAUAUUCCAGCGCCGAGAGUUUAUGAGGUUAGCUCGGCACCAGAUGGGAUUGUAAGUAUACGAAUGGAUUACAUAGAAGGAGAGAACCUCGAAGAACUUUGGCCAGACAUGUCAGAAGAGGACAGGCAAGACAUCUGCGGGCAACUACGAGAAAUCAUAUCAACCAUGCAGUCUGCUGAAUUCAAGACUGGUGCCAUAGGGUCUUGCGGAGGCGGCCUUUUUCGAGAGUUAUUUUCGCAUGGAGACCUAUCCCAGCACAAUAUUAUUAUCAAGGAUAUGGAGAUCGCAGGUGUGAUCGACUGGGAGUACGGUGGCUGGGCUCCAGAGUAUUGGGAAUAUGUCAAGUUCUUUGAGGUUUAG